AUGGCAUGUCCCGCGAUCGACAUCGCUGUUGAAAAGUUGAUGAUGGCGGAACAUUCUUUCGGUGGACGGAAUGUGACCAUGACAAUUAGGAAAGUGGACUCUGGAUGUUCUAAUGCCGUUGCUCCGAUUCGUGCCGUAGAGUUCAUCACGGAAAAACAAGUAGACGUAUUUCUCGGACCUGCGUGUGACUAUGCCGCCGCAGCCGUCGCCAGAUUCGCCGCUCACUGGGCCAUACCUUUCCUGACGACUGGUGCUAAAGCAAAGGAAUUUGCGAUGAAAGACAUGGCUGAUUUCCGCACACUGACACGAGCUCACGGUCCCUUUUUAAAAAUGGCCGAGUUUAUGAUGGAAAUAUUGCGUACGUUCGAGUGGAAUAGAACCGCAAUUAUUCACAGUGAUAAAGACGUUUCCCUGUACAGAGACUGCUGGCUGUUCGGCGGUGCCCUGUUUCAUUUGUUUCAGGGAGCUGGUUGGUACGAUCCUGGCAAGGGCUACCCUGGGUACCAAAAAUUUGAGGAGGACCUUGAUCCCAACUAUCGCGAAAUCCUACAAGAAAUCGUUAUGCCACAUGGUAGAA